AUUGAAAGCGUUGACCAAUCUGCACAGCUCUUCGGUCUUCCGCGUCCCAAAGACUUCUGUUCUGAGUUUGUGAAACCACCACCAUGGGACUCCUAACCAUUAUCAAAAAAGUGAAGCAGAAAGAAAAGGAAAUGCGCGUUCUCAUGGUCGGCUUAGACAACGCGGGGAAAACAACAAUCGUCAAGCGCUUGAAUGGCGAGGACAUCACGACGAUUAGCCCCACUCUGGGCUUUAACAUCAAGACGAUGUCAUUUAAGGGCUACAAAUUGAAUAUCUGGGACAUUGGUGGUCAAAAGACGCUGCGCCCCUACUGGCGCAACUACUACGAGAAGACGGACGCGCUGAUAUGGGUGGUGGACAGCGCAGACCUGGCGCGACUGGAGGACUGCAGGGCCGAGCUGCACAACCUGUUGCGAGAGGAGCGGUUGUUUGGCGCCACGCUCCUCAUAUUCGCGAACAAGCAGGACAUCGCCAGCGCGCUGCCCGUGGCAGAGCUGGAGAAGGCGCUAAACAUCGGCUCCAUCACCAAGCGCCACUGUCGCGUGGUGGCCUGCAGCGCCGUGGACGGCAGUGGGCUGCUGGAGGGCUUUGACUUCGUGGUGCACGACAUCAGCAGCCGCAUUUACCUGUUCUCGUAGCAGGACAACGCCAUCACCGCUUCUCUCCGAGCGUGUCGGCAUUCUUCCGCAUUUCUCCGCACUCGAAACGAAAGGCGCAUUAUUGGGGGCGCGUAGUGGAGGGGGGGGCAGUGCACGAGAGGGGCGGCUCCCAGUGGCGAUCUUGUUAAAGGGGCGAGUGCGUGGAUGGUGGUCAUAGAUGAGGCAGAUUUGAUAAUGAUGGGGACAGGCAGCCGCGGCCCGUUUGUCGUAUAACUAAACCCAAUUGAACACAAUCCGCUGAAUCUCUCGCUCAUGCAGCAAAGUCCAUGUGAGAAGGUGGUGAGAAGUGGCGAGUCAGUACGGUAAUACCGUAAUGAGGUAGGGGCUCCGAGCUUGCUUGGGUAGGAGCAAGGACUGAGAUGGGGACGCAGAUUGUCAGAACUGUGGUAGACAUACUCAUCCGCUGCACUGUAUAUACUUAUCUCAGAGUGUCUCAGUGGCCCAUACAUAUGAUUAGGGUUGUUCCUGCCUUGAGAAUGAAAUGCCUUCUAAUGUUAUAUCUCCCUAGAAGUAAUUGAGAUGUUUAGGAUGAGCAUGAGAACGAGGUCCCUAACUUUUAACCUGGGGGGAGUUUGGCCCUGAAACCUUGGCAGUGUGACGGCUGCACCUAACCCAGGUGUUUGCAUUGAACGGUGUGACGGUGAGGUGCGCGAGACAGGGUGAACUCAGCU